AUGAUGUUUGAUCCACCAGAUUACCCAUACAAAGAUUUAAAUGAUAGCUUAGGUGAACAAUAUGCUCAAGAUGAUCUAAUGUUUAACUCCAACGACCAAUUAAAUGAUUUGAACAAAGAUUUAGUUACGGUUACCGAACAAAUGAUUAUUAAUGUAGAAAAUCAGCUAAUUUUUCAGUCGAACGAUUCAGGCCGAUAUUUUAAUUUAGAUAAUUCACCUACACUUACAAAAAACUCGAAUAUAUCUGAUGAAAAUACAUCUCUCUACAUUGUACAACCCGAUCAUAUCCUCAAUUUUGAGCCUACCUUACUCGAUGAAAAUACAGUGAAUCAAUUUUUAUUGCCAGCACAUGGUAACUGUAACAAGGAAACUGUAAGUAAUGAGCCUGAUUUAUUAGCUUUACAUUCCUGCGUGAUAUGCCAUGAAAUCUUUACUUCCGACGCUGACCUGCUGGACCAUACUAUAUCUUACCAUGCCACGAGAAACACAGACUCUACAGAAAGUGAAAACGAUCUACUGUUGCCAAAUGAGGGUACCGCAAGCGUGCCGCCAAGCGGGAAUGAUGAAAACAGAACUAAUAGCUUGGACUUCGAAUCUGACUGGCUGGUGUGUUCCAUAUGCGAGCGGGUUUUAUCGACCGCCCUUGAAGUAGAGCCUACAGAACAGCUGUGCUGUAAUGAUGGUAGUGGCAAAAGCAGUGUGUCUUCUCGGAAACUCCUCACCAUGUACGUCUGUGAGUUCUGCAGCGGACUUUUUGCCGAUGGAGAGGCUCUGGACAGGCACCGGCUAGGCUGCUUUCAUGCGGAAGACCAGAAUUAUUAUUUGGAAGAACUGACAAGAGGUGACAUUACGGAUUCGACUCCGCCGUCUGGCCUCACUUACAACUGCGCAUGUGGGAAGCAGUUCUCGACUGCCGAAGAGCUGAAGGUCCACUCGACGCAGACGCAGUGCCAGAAGCCAGUCACCAGGAAUGUGAGGCGCACUUACUCCACUUCGAACACCAAUAAGAUGUGGAACUGCGGCUCUUGUAACCAGCUUUUUGCAACUGCGAGGGAGCUGUAUAGGCAUAAGAGAGGAGAAGAUAGAUCGCCAGGGGCACCGCUGAUGGCUUACGUUUGCGAAGAGUGUGACAAGGUUCUAGGAAGCAUGUGCGCGUUGCAUACACAUAAGAAAAUGCACAAAGUGUCUAAACCAGGUUAUCCAUGUAGGAUCUGCGGCCGCCGCUUCAACCAGUCUGGUCACCUCGCCAUCCACAUGAGGAUGCAUACUGGAGAGAGACCUUACCCCUGCGACUUGUGCCCUAAGGCUUUUAAAGUAAAGGUGGAGCGCGACGACCAUCGGCGGACCCACACUGGGGAGCGACCCUUCGCGUGCUCGGCGUGCCCGAAGACGUUCACAGCGGCGGCACGCUUGCGUGAGCAUGCACGCAUUCACACAGACCAAAGGCCAUACCGUUGUGACAUCUGCGGGGCAGCUUUCCGGCGACCGUACGCGCGCACGGUUCACACCCUCAUCCACACUGGUGAGAAGCCACAUGAGUGUGACGUAUGCGGCACAGCCUUCAGACGUUCCGGAGACAUGUGGAAACACAAGAGAACACUCCAUGGGGUCACCGCAGCAAAUGACGCAGAGUUUAAGAAAUCAUAA